UCCAUUUUUUUCUCUAGAAUUUGACCCAUUUAUCGGCCGAAACCACCUUACAAUUCAGAGAACGUGCUGCCUGUUUCUCUGUCAAUCGGCAGAGCUCGCUCCCAGUCCAUCAAUGGCGAACGAGAACGAACACAGAAGCGUUCGAGUUUUAUGCCCUAGCCUCGUACUGCACAAGAACGAUCCUGGCCUCCAAUGGCUGAUCGGAUCCCCAUUCCUCCCGCCACUCACAGUCGUCUCCACCGUUAAAUGCAUCCACGCCGAUUCCCUCUCGCCAGACUACUACAAAGAAUCAGAAGAUCUUCGGACGCUGCUUCCGAAAGGAUUCGACGUCGCCGGAGCGUUGAUAGUCGCGAAAUCCGACAUUGAAAAGAACGCCGCCAAGGCAAUCGAUUUUGCUUGUCGGUUGAGAAAGCUUCUCUGCGGUGGCGGAGAAUCGGACGAUCAAGAAGCUCUCGGAGCGGUGGCGGAUUCAGAGACUGGUGAAGUUCACUUCUUCGCUUCGAAAUCCGUGAACUCGACGGGUUUUGAACGCGUUGAUUCUGUUGUUUACGAGGAUCAUCCUGAGAAGUAUCUUUGGGAGAGAGGUUGUUUGCUAAGAUGUGAACUUCCGAUCAAGUUGCCAAUCUAUUAUCAUGUAGAUAAUUCAACUGAUGUUGAGAAUAUAUUCCAACGUGCAACUGAAGCUGUUAUUGCCAAAUUAAAGGACCCAAAGGUUGUAUACGUGGUAGAAAGUGUAGGGAAAACUUCUGCUGAAGUACGUCAACCCGUCAUUAUUCGUGGUGCAGAAAUGGACUUUAGUAUAGGUUUCUCACAUAUCAUGCUUUCCAAAGAAGGUGGUCAAGAAUCUGAUGCAAAGUUAGUAUUAUGUGGACACUUUUGUAUGAAUGAUAAACCUGGCUCUCCUGUUUAUGCCGCAGAGGAUUCAGAUAAAAUCCAAGUAAGUGUGUUAGUUAAUAAUUCAGAAAAAUCUCCGAAAUCAGCUGCGCCUGCUGCAGACUAUUUUCCAGCUCUUGAGGAAACCAGAUUUCUAACUGUAGAGUUUAAGUUGGAAAUGCUCAGUUAUGCAACCAAGGAUCUACCGCUCAUGUUUGCAGUUUCAAAAUUAAUUGUCCCAGGAUUAGUUGAUCAGCUUAACGUAAUGAAGAAUAGUAUCUCACCCAGUCUCUUAGCACAACAUCCUCAGCUUCGUCCAUAUCACUUUACUCCUCCGGGGGUUCUUCAUCCAGUAACCAUUAUCUAUGAACUUAAUUAUGGGGAGACGGAAUUGAAGCAAGUUGAAUUUAGGAAAUCUCUGCACUUGAGGCUGGGAUUACCUUUUGAUCGUCCCCUCCUAAGAAUUGCAAAUGCCCUCAAUUUGUUUACAACUGAUGGUGCAAGGAGUGUGCAGAAGGGUUCUAGUUUGCUGAAGGACGUACAUAUUGGAAUUCCAAGUAGUGGUGUUUCAGGAGGCACUGUAUCUCUUGUUCAGGGAUCUUAUGAAUAUUGCCAUUACAUGCAAGAUGCUUUUAACGAUUCGGGCUGGGGUUGUGCUUAUCGUUCCUUACAAACCAUCAUUUCAUGGUUCCGAUUCCAACACUACACGUCUAUAGAAGUUCCUUCACAUAGGGAAAUACAGCAGGCACUUGUUGAGAUUGGCGAUAAAGAUCCUUCUUUCGUUGGCUCACGUGAAUGGAUAGGUGCCAUAGAGUUGAGCUUUGUUUUGGACAAACUUUUGGGUGUUAGUUGCAAAGUCAUAAAUGUUAGAUCUGGAGCUGAGCUUCCUGAAAAAUGUCGUGAGCUAGCCUUGCACUUUGAGAGUCAAGGAACCCCGAUUAUGAUUGGUGGUGGAGUUCUUGCAUAUACCCUUCUGGGAGUCGAUUACAACGAAGUAAGCGGAGAUUGUGCAUUUCUCAUACUUGAUCCUCACUAUACAGGGAACGAUGAGCACAAGAAAAUUGUAAAUGGGGGAUGGUGUGGGUGGAAAAAAGCUGUGGAUAGCAAGGGCAGGAAUUUCUUCUUGCAUGAUAAGUUUUAUAAUCUUCUGCUGCCACAGAGGCCCGACAUGGUCUGAAGUAGUGUCCAGAUCAAGACUUGAAAGGAAGAUU